GAUUUCUGAGCACACCUCCGAUGGCAGAUGAACUCACGAACGCGACGGUAAAAGAUACAAGAUACUCAAUCUUGAAGAUACAACAAACUUCCGUUCCGUGCGUGUUUCGUCGAGGAAUAUUGCAUAAAUUGAUGGAAUCGCAACAUUGACGAGCAGACAAUCCGUUGAGUGCAAUCACAGUCUGCCGUUUAAUUACACAAAAAAAGUGAAAAGCAGUGCGUGUGUGUGAUUGUGUGUUAAUAUCUGUGUGUGUCUCGACGUCGUCGUCCCAACAAAAAUUUCCAAUUUCAAGAAAAGCAAACUACUGUGAGCAGCAGAUUGGGAAAUCAAACUAAAAUAUGCUUAAAUUACACUUUGCAUAAAUUGAAACAAAUCGCCAACUAGCUGAAAGCAACCGGAGCACCGAAAAUAGCAGAGGGCAGCAAAUCAAGAGAGAGAAGCCCUAAAGGAAUCUACUGUCACGUUCAGAGCUUCCAAUGGGUCAUCACUUCAGCAAGCCAACUGCACGAGCCAACAGCAGGUCCUCCAGCACCGAUAUCAAGGAAUUCGACUCGAUUAGCCUGGCCGAGGAGCAGCUCGGCAGCAGCUCGCCGGCGGAAGUGCGUCAGAUCAUCAUUAAGAUACAGCUGGCCAAGAUGGAGAACGGCAAUGCAGGUGCCCCGAUGGUGGAGCAGCAGUACCCCGAGGAGCGGCUGGUGAUAGAGGAGGGCUCCACGAACCUGGAGACGGAAGGUGCCGCCUCGCUGUCUGCGGACACGCUAAAUGCAAAUGGCCAGAUCGUCAAUGUGGGUGUUGGUGUUGGACUGGGUGUGGGGGUAGGGGUAGGGGUGGUGUCAAAUCGAACUGCCGGCAGUUCAACGGAAGCGCCAAAAACCGAGAGACAGUCCGUGAAUAACAACAAUUUAGCGGGAAGCGUCGGGGCGGCGAUUAGUACUCUGCAAUUGCAUGACGGUAACAGCAACAGCAACACCAACAACCCCAAACCCACAUCCGACGAUAUCGAAGCCGACGUCGGAGACGACGCCGACGACGACGACGAUGUGGUGGAUGAGUCGCUGCUCCGUCGGCGUCGCAGCAGCGGCGGCAACCACGAGUCCGAAGUCGUUGAGUACUGCGAGGUGCUCGAGUCGCUGCCAGUCAGCGGCAUGUUGUCGACGGGAACGCAACUCACAACCAAGCAAGCAGCCACCAGAACCAGUUCCAACAACAGUUGCUGUCGGAGUCGCAGCAGCAAAACAGUGUCCAUGGGAGCCUCAGUCUCAUCCUCGGUGGCCGGAUCGGCGGCCUCCUCCUCCGGUUCCAAGCGGCGGUGCUGCAAGUGCAAGUGUCGCGAUGCCUUCCGGGGACUCAGGGACAUGCUGCCCACGUCCAGUGGCAGUAACUCCUCCAACUCAAGCAAAAAGGACGCCAGUGCGGCGUCUGUAUCGCGGAAAGCCCGUAAUGUGGAUCGCCGGUCGACACCGGCUACCCUGGGGUCUGUCAGUGGCAGCUCCUCAAUGCCCAGCCAGAGGUUACAGAGCCAGAGGAAGCGCAACUCGGUGGCCGUGCCGGAUGCGAGCCACCAUCAUCACCAGGUGAUCAUCAGGAUAACGUCGCCGCGCUUCGUCGUGGAGUCGCCCAACGGACGGGUCACCGUGGUCACGGAGCCAGUGGACCCCCAAACGCCCAUCACCCCGCCCCAGCCGCGCCCCAUGACGGUAGCCGUUCCGGGCAACAACGCACCAGCAUCCUCGUCCUCGAUCCGCAACGUGACCGUGCACUCGCAAAUCGACUUCAUGCACUGCUUGGUGCCCGAUCUCGAAAAGAUCACGAACAGCAGCUUCUACUGGGGCAAGAUGGACCGCUACGAGGCGGAGCAUCUGCUCGAGGGCAAGCCGGAAGGCACGUUCCUUCUGCGCGACUCCGCCCAGGAUGAGUUCCUCUUCUCGGUCACAUUCCGCAAGUACGGCAGAUCCCUGCAUGCCCGCAUCGAGCAAAGUGGUCACAAGUUCAGCUUCGACUGCCAUGAUCCGUGCGUUUUCACGGCUCCCACGGUGACGGGCCUCCUGGAGCACUACAAGGACCCCGCCUGCGUCAUGUUCUUCGAGCCCUGCCUCACUAUGCCCCUGCACCGCCGCCAGACCUUCUCCCUGCAGCAGCUGGCGCGGGCCACCAUCGUCUCCAAUACUAACUACGACGGCGUCAAUCAGCUGGAGCUGCCGGGACGGCUGAAGAGCUACCUCAAGGAGUACCACUACAAGCAGAAGCUGCGCGUCAAGCCCUGCGACCUGAACACCCCGGUGCCCUGUUACGGGGACGUAUAGCGGGCGGAGCAACAGGUGGGCUUCGCCUACUACGAGGACGUGGAGAGCCAGAGCGAGGACGAGGAUGAGGACGACGAGGCCGUCAACAUACGUGUCUCCUAUGUCCAGCAUGCCGAGGUCGUGGCCCAGCUGCAGCAGCAGCAACAACAACAACAGCAGCAGCAGCAGGCCUCCUCUAGUGGCAAGUCGUCCUCCAAUCUGCAGGAGCAGCUCAGCCGGCUGCCCAACCGCAUGGCAGCCGCCCUGGGCAGGAUGUCGGCCAAUCUGAACUGUUACCAGUCGGUGACCUGAUGAAGCCGGAGCGGAAGCCGCAGGAACAACAACCCUAGAAACCAAAACUCAACUCGAGACAAUCCCAGUGCAUUGUGUGUGCCGCCACCAUAAAGAGACCCAAGGAGUUACGACACUCUGUUGGCGGGUGUCUGAGACGUAGAAAUCAAAAUCGCAUAUAUAUAAUUGUACUAUAAACUAAGUAUUACAAAAGAAGCCCCCUCUCAAUGAUAAGUAUUACGUAAAAAGAGAAGCCAACAAUCAAUAAGCAUUUUAUUUCCUCCCCCCCUAAGUAUUUUUGUAAUAUUUCGUUGUAUUUAUUUAAAUCUAUUGAAUCUAAAUUAUGUGUAAAUAUUUUAAAUAUUACUAUAUUAUACAUAUUACAUACAGCCUAGUUAGUGUAAACCUCUCAUUAGCCAAAUUUCCAAUUGUAAUUUCGCCUAUUUAUACAAAUAUUAUUUAUUUAUUUGAAGUGAUUUCGUUUCGUGGCGAGUGCUCUGUUUUUUAAUCACACAAACCAAUUAUAAAAGUGUACACCAUUGUAAA